AUGGUGCAGCCUGAAGAAGGAAAAUCAACAGUAUCAGGACAGAUAACAGUGUGGGAGGAGAUACCAAAAUCAAAAUUUAAUAUUGAAGGGGGAAGCAGAGAUCUAGAUGUGCAUACUAUAGAGCAUAAUUUGGAAGCAGCUGUUAGAGCAGGAGAUAUUUCACCAAAGUCUGUUAAUACCAUGGAAGCUUUUACAAGGUUGAUAAAACUGAAUCAACGAUACCAUUUUGGUUUUAUAGGCUUAAUGGAACCUUUUCAAGAUCCAGACAAGAUAGAGGAAUAUAGAAGAAGACUUGGAAUGGAGCAUGCAAUAGUUAAUAUAUCUGGUAAGAUUUGGGCUUUUGUGGAAGAAAUAUUUGACUAUUACAUAAUUAUGGAUCAUCAGCAGCAUUUAUCCAUUAAAUUAAGGGUUAGAGGAACCCAGGAGGAUAUGCUAGUGCCACUAGUGUAUGCAAAGUGUACUCAAGCUGAAAGAUUGGAUUUGUGGGACUCUCUGGAGGAUUUAUCUACUUCAGUUGAUAUUACUUGGAUUAUUGGGGGUGAUUUUAAUGCAAUAACUUCAGAUGAUGAGAAAUUUGGUGGUCUUCCAGUAACCAUUAAUGAAAUUCAGGAUUUUAGAGGUUGCAUCCAGAACUAUGGAAUAUCAGAUUUGGGAUUUAGUGGCAGUAAAUUUACUUGGUGGAAUGGCCAAAGUGGUGAUGAUUGUAUUUUUAAGAGAUUGGAUAAAUGCAUGGGUAAUCAGUUGCUACAAGCAAAGUAUUCUAGUGUAGGUAUCAAUCAUCUGAUCAGGAAUGGGUCAGAUCAUGCUCCUAUGUUAAUUUCUUAUACAGGAGACAAUAGAAGUAUCAAAAAACCUUUUAAGUUUUUGAAAUUUUGGGUAAAUAAUGAAGGUUUUAUAGAGUUGAUUAAACAAAAUUGGACAGCUGAUUUUAUGGCAAAUCCUUUCAUACUUUUUCAUCAUAAACUGAAAAAGGUGAAAGCAGCUUUGGUACAAUGGAGUAAAGCAACUUUUGGGAAUAUAUUCCAAGAAAUUGAGGCUCUUGAAGAGGUCAUUAAGGCAGAAUUAAAUAGAUAUUUACAUCUAGAGGAAGAAUUUUGGAAACAGAAAGCUGGGAUGCAGUGGUUUCAAGAUGGGGAUAGAAAUACAAAAAAAUUUCAUGCUUAUGUUCAGGGGAGAAGGAAAAUGAUGCAAAUAAGAAGAAUUCAUGGGGCAGACGGGAAUUGGAUAGAAGAAGAAGAGGGAAUAAUUGAUGAAGCCAUCAGAUUCUACACUGCUCAAUUUACAAAGGAAGAAGAUCCAAAAGAUUUUGAAAUUCUAAAUCACUUGCCCAGAAUGAUUUUUGAGGAAGAUAAUUUGUGGUUUGAAGCAGAACCAACUAAAGAAGAGGUGAAGGCAGUGGGUUUUCAACUAAAUGGAGAGAGUGCAGGAGAACCUGAUGGUUUUACUGGUGUAUUUUAUCAAGUUUGCUGGGGAAAUUAUUGGAGAGGAUGUUACCAAUAUGAUAAAGGCUUUCUUUUGUGGAGCAGAACUGCCCAAUCUGGAUUUGUUAAAGAUAGAAGUAUUGUGGAGAAUAUACUGUUGACUCAAGAAAUUGUGCCUGAUAUAAGGCUGAGGACAAAAGAUGCAAAUGUUAUAAUUAAGCUGGAUAUGGCAAAGGCCUAUGACAGGCAACAAGGUUUCUUCCAAUCUACCAGAGGAGUAAAGCAAGGGGACCCUCUUUCCCCUACUUUAUUUAUCCUAGCAGCUGAGGUCUUAUCUAGGAGUCUGAAUGCAUUUCAUCAGAAAAUCCAGUUUAAGGGUUUUGGUGUGCCUAAAUGGAGUCCAAAAGUAAAUCAUCUUGCCUAUGCUGAUGACAUGAUCAUCUUUACUUCAGCAGAUGUGGUAUCUUUGCAAAAGAUAAUGGGGAUUUUGAAGAAUUAUGAGCCGACUUCUGGUCAAAAGAUUAAUAUGGACAAAAGUGCUGUUUAUAUGCAUAAUAAUGUCACAGGGGACAUUAGUAUCACAGUUGAGAUUGUAACUGACAUUAAUAGAAAAGAAUUUCCUUUUAUGUAUUUGGGUUGCCCUAUUUAUCAUUGUAGGAGGAAGAAGGAAUUCUUUAAUGCUUUGAUCCUUAAAAUCAUGAAUAGAUUACAAGGCUGGAAGGGUAAAAUGUUAUCAUUUGGAGGAAGGGCAAUUCUUAUUAAACAUGUGCUUCGUAUGUCAAUACACAUGUUAUUAGCUGUUAACCCUCCUAUUAGGAUCAUUAGGCGAAUUCACAAGAUGUUUGCUCAGUUUUUUUGGAGCAAUACUAUUGGGGGCAAGAGCAGACAUUGGGUGGCUUGGAAUAAAUUGUGUGUUCCAACUCCAGAGGGGGGCCUAGGUUUUAGAUCCCUUCAUGAUGUGUCUUUGGCACUUUUUUGUAAGCUCUGGUGGAAUUUCAGGACAAAACCUACCUUGUGGAGUGCUUAUAUGACUAACAAAUAUUGUAGGAAAGAACAUGCUAUAGUGGUACAAUGGAAACAGGGGUCACAGACCUGGAAAAGAAUGUUAGAAGCCAGGGACUUAAUAGAACAUCAAAUUUGGUGGCAAGUUAGGAAAGGGGAUUCACAGUUCUGGUUUGACAAUUGGACUGGAUCGGGAGCUUAUACUAUGUAA